CUACCAACGCAACCGACCCUACGCCUACCAACGCAACUGCCCCUACACCAACCUCACCUCCACCAACCAACAUGACAUCACCUCCACCUACAAAUAUGACAUCACCCCUCCCCUACAAACAUUUCCAGUACACCAAUUACACUCCCAACCACAACAGCAGCUCCUAAGCUGGAACCAAAAAUAAAACUUGAAUUCAAGAUGGAUGAAACCUUUACACCCAGCCUUGAAAACAAAUCCUCACCAGAGUUUAAAGCUUUGGAAGAAAAAGUCACAAAGGCGCUGGAUGCCGUUUUUAAAGUCAAAUUUGGACCUGCUUUUAACAAGACAGUUAUUAAAGGUUUCAGCAAAGGAUCCGUAAAAGCAGACACUGAAUUGAUAUUCAAUGAAGAACAAACAGUGCCCAAUGUGACAUCUGUUUCUGACACUUUGGUGGAAGCUACGUCCAGUUCAAACUUCUCCCUGAGUGUGAAUACAUCAAGCAUUGUUACCAAUGUUGUGGUGAUGACAACAGUUGCCCCAACUACUAUUACUUCACCCACUGUGACAACUUUUAAUGUUACAUCACCUCCUCCAACCACUACAGCUUCACUUCCGACAACACUUGCAACUACAACAGCCACAUCUGACUCAAAAAUAAAUCUUGAAUUUAAGCUGCAGGAAACCUUUUCCCCAAGUCUUGAGAAUAAAUCUUCACCUGAAUUCAAGGCAUUAGAAAAAAAAGUCACAGAAGCGCUUGAUGCUACAUAUUCAGCUAAAUUUGGAUCUAAAUUUAAACGCACAGUAAUUAAAGCUUUCAGCAAGGGAUCUGUUAAAACAGAGGCUGAAUUGAUAUUCAAUGAUGCAAACACUAUGCCAAACACAACAUCCGUCUCUGAUGCUUUGGUGGAGGCUGCAUCAAGUUCCAAUUUUUCCCUUAGUGUCAACACUUCAACUAUUUCUGCAACUGCUGUAGAGACAACAACAGCAGCUCCUACCACAGCUGCACCUACCACAGCAGCAAAUACCACAGCUGCACCUACAACGGCAGCACCUACCACAGCAGCAAAUACCACAGCUGCAAAUACCACAGCUGCAAAUACCACAGCAGCACCUACCACAGCAGCAAAUACCACAGCUGCAAAUACCACAGCUGCAAAUACCACAGCAGCACCUACCACAGCUGCAAAUACCACAGCUGCAAAUACCACAGCAGCACCUACCACAGCAGCAAAUACCACAGCUGCAAAUACCACAGCAGCACCUACCACAGCUGCAAAUACCACAGCUGCAAAUACCACAGCAGCACCUACCACAGCAGCAAAUACCACAGCUGCAAAUACCACAGCUGCAAAUACCACAGCAGCACCUACCACAGCAGCAAAUACCACAGCUGCAAAUACCACAGCAGCACCUACCACAGCUGCAAAUACCACAGCUGCAAAUACCACAGCUGCAAAUACCACAGCUGCAAAUACCACAGCAGCACCUACCACAGCUGCAAAUACCACAGCAGCACCUACCACAGCUGCAAAUACCACAGCAGCACCUACCACAGCUGCAAAUACCACAGCAGCACCUACCACAGCUGCAAGUACUACGGCAGCACACACAGCUACCACAGCUGCAAAUACCACAGCAGCACCUACCACAGCUGCAAGUACUACGGCAGCAUCUACAACAGCUGCACCUACCACAGCAGCACCAACAACUACCACAACCAUAGCAACCACUACCACCCCAUCUACAGAUUCUCCAACGUCCAGUGAAGGAACACAGAGCCUGAAUUUCAAACUCAGCCAAACUUUUACAUCUGAUCUCCUGAACUCCUCAUCGACAGCAUACAAGACUUUAGCAAGCACUGUGAUGACUGAGGUCAAUACAGCAUGUAAGAAGCUUUAUGGAUCAAGUUUCCUGCGAUCUAUAAUCAAUUCAUUUUCGAGUGGAUCUGUAGCUGUGGAUAUGACUCUUGUGUAUCAAAAUAAAAGCUCUGUUCCAGAAUCGACCACUGCGACUUCACAGCUGAGCAGUGAAUUGUCAAGUUCCACUAGCUUGAAUGUCAUAGCAGGCAGUGUCUCAGCACAAUCAUCUGCAGGCAGCUCACAACCCACAGUGAUUUCCAUGUCCCUGUUGACGUUAAUACUCCUUAUUAUCACACAGAUUCUUGCAGAUGUAUAAUACUGUUCUUCUAUACCUAUUGAAGAAGAUACAUGGAAUCAAUUCAGUGAGUCUUUACGUUAAAGAACAAGAAUGAGCAUAAUGAAAUUUACCAAAACGAUGGUAAAAGAAGUGCUGUGUCAAAAUCUUUUUAUCACACCUUUGACAACUGGAAUGUAAAAUUAAGAGAAAAGUAUUACACCUGCUGCCUGCUGUUUUUCAUAAAGUGCACAUGACAUGUUUUCUAUUUUUAUUAGU